GAAUUGCUUGAUUACCGAUGUGUUUUGCUGAAGUAUUACUUGGGAAAUUCAAUAUGUACCUUAAUUCUUUCACUUUAUUAACCACGAUCGAAGUCUAUCUAAAAUGUCAACCCUAAGCUCAUCCACCAUCCACUCGGAAUCAGUUUCCACGUCCCUGCUCUACAACCGAUGGGCAGCAAUUUACGACACAGACCGUAACGCUUUACAAAUCCUUGACUCUGCCCUCAUUCCCUCUCUGAUGAAGACAUUAUUUUCCUUCCACCAAAGGCUCAGAAUAACAUCACAAUCACCGAGUUAGGAUGUGGUACGGGUCGUAAUACUAUCCGAUUCCUCACACCACCUCUUUCAAAGAACAUCUCCAGCAUUUAUGCUCUUGAUCUCUCGCGAGCAAUGCUUGAAAUCGCUCAGUCACGUUACGCCUCCUUCAGGUCCGAGAACGGUGACCAGCUUCCCAGCAUCCAAUUUGACGAGUUCAAUGCCCUUGAUCCUCAACCUAACCGCGAAGUUUGGAAAUCGAUCCAAGAGAAAGCGAACAUUGUUAUUAGCACUCUUGUCCUAGAGCAUCUUUCCCUACAUACGUUUUUCUCGGCUGUGAGCUUUCUACUAAAGCCAUAUUCGGAAGCGAGCUAUGGUAGAGUAUUGAUGAUCAAUAUGCAUGCUGAGAUGGGUAGAUCAUCUCACGCGGGUUUUAUGGAUGAAAUUGAAGGAAAGAAGACGAAGAUUAGCGGCGAGAGUUAUGUCUAUGAGAUUGAAGAAGUUGUGGAGUAAGAGAGGAAAUGGGGAUUUCAUAUUGUGGGAGACGUGCUAGAAAGGAGGAUAGAAGAGGGUGACAUUGAGGAGGACGGAAAUUGUUCGUGCAUGCUAAGCUAAGGACGCUAUCCUUGGGCGGAUUGUACGCAGGAAUAGAACUGUAAUUCCUGGGCCUCCAAAAUGCUUAUAUAGCCAGAUGAGAAAGCUACUGUACAAACGCCUUGCGUCCAAUUUUAUAGU